AUGACCACCCCCCAAACCCCAAUUGACAACCCCCCGGCCAAAGGAAUCUCCUACUACACACCAGCUCAAACCCCACCCGCAGGAACCCAACUAGAGGGCUCAACCAAGCUCUUCACCCCCAUCACCAUCCGCGCCCUCACCCUCCCAAACCGCCUCUUCCUCGCCCCUCUCUGCCAAUACUCCGCAAAAGAUGGCUACGCCACCGACUGGCAUCUCACCCAUCUAGGCGGGAUCCUGCAACGCGGCCCCGGACUCGCAAUCAUGGAAUCAACCGCAGUGCAGAAAGUAGGCCGAAUCACGCCUCAAGAUCUUGGGCUCUACGAAGACGGGCAGAUCGAGCCUCUCAAGCGUAUCACUGAAUUCGCCCACAGUCAGAGCCAGAAGAUUGCCAUCCAAUUAGCUCACGCCAGCCGUAAGGCUAGCGCAGUUGCUCCCUGGCUGAGCGCCAAUGCAAUGGCUGUGAAGGAGGUUGGUGGAUGGCCGGAUGAGAUUGUAGGGCCUUCGGCGAUUGCGCAUGAAGAGGGGGUUAAUUCAGUUCCUCGGGCUUUGAGUGAAGAGGAGGUUAAGGAACUGGUUAAUGAUUUCGGAGAGGCUGCUAAGCGGGCUGUCAGGGCGGGAUUUGAUGCGAUCGAGGUUCAUUCGGCGCAUGGAUACCUUCUGCAUCAGUUUCUGAGUCCUGUUAGUAAUCAUCGAACAGAUCGGUAUGGAGGAAGCUUUGAGAAUCGGAUUAGGGUAUUGCUGGAAGUGUGCGAUGCCAUCAGGGAUGCAAUCCCUGAUACAAUGCCUCUGCUUGUGCGAAUCAGUGCGACGGACUGGUUUGAGUUUGACGAGGGUUUGAAGAAGGAAUUUCCGGAGAGUUGGACGGUUGAGCAAUCUGUUCGGCUUGCUCCUAUUUUGGCUGAUCAUGGGGUCGAUUUGAUCGAUGUCAGUUCAGGUGGGGUUCAUUCCAAGUCUGCAAUUGCUAUUAGACCCGGUCCUGCGUAUCAGGUGCAUUUGGCGCAUGAGGUCAAGCAAGCGGUUGGUGACAGGCUUCUGGUCACGGCUGUUGGAGGGAUCAAGACGGGCAAGCUUGCUGAAGAGGUUGUGCAAUCUGGUAUUGAUGCUGUGCUAGCUGGGCGCUGGUUUCAGCAGAAUCCUGGGCUAGUUCGUGCCUUUGCAAAUGAGUUGGGGGUGAAGGUGAGGAUGGCGACGCAGAUUGAUUGGAGUUUUGAAGGUCGUGGCAAGGGAAGGAAGAACGGAUCUUUGUAG